UUGUUUCAAGGCUGGUUUUGGUUUUUUGGCUAUUGGAUUGCUGGGUUUUGGCUGCUGGAUUGCUGUUGCUUUCUGGUUUUUCUCCUACAGCCUGCUGGAUUUCUGGAGCUUCAUUUCAGCAGUUUACUGGUAUCAACACGGUCAUGUACUACAGCCCAACGAUUGUUCAGAUGGCUGGCUUCAGUUCCAAUCAGUUAGCACUUCUACUGUCCCUCAUUGUUGCAGCAGUGAAUGCUGCAGGUACAAUUGUUGGAAUUUACCUCAUUGACUAUGUUGGUCGUCGAAAGUUGGCCCUCAGUAGCCUAUGUGGUGUAAUUGUGUCUCUAAUCCUUCUUGCUGCGGCAUUCUUCCUGGAAUCAUCUGGUUCUACGAAUGGAAUAUAUGGGUGGAUUGCAGUUUUAGGCUUAGCCCUUUAUAUUGCUUUCUUUGCACCUGGAAUGGGGCCUGUACCAUGGACAGUGAACUCAGAGAUAUAUCCCGAGUCAUAUCGGGGAAUUUGUGGAGGCAUGUCAGCUACUGUGAACUGGGUAUCAAAUCUCAUUGUUGCCCAGAGUUUUCUUUCACUUGCUGAAGCUGUGGGAACUGGUUUAACUUUCUUGAUACUAGCUGGUGUGGCUGUGGUUGCAUUUGUGUUUGUGACUAUGUAUGUGCCAGAGACGAAGGGUUUGACAUUUGAAGAAGUCGAGAGGAUCUGGAAGGAGAGAGCUUGGGGUAGUGGGUAUGGCAGAGAAGCCCUACUUGAACCAGGAAAUCAACCGUAA